UUGUGUCUCCCCCACUACAUGCCUCCCCUCUUGUGUCUUCCCGACUAUAGCUCUCCCCUCUUCUUGUGUCUCCCCCACUACAUCCCUCCCUGUUUCUCAUCACCCCGCCUCUCUCUUCUCGUCCCCAUCCUCCCCUGUUCUGUUCCCCGUUCCUGUUCUUCUGUCCUCUGGUAUCUCCCCAAUAACUGUGUCUCUUUCUCCCUCCCCCCCUCCUCUCUCUCUCCAACAGGAAUCCUGGACCUUCCAGAUGUCAUCACCCCCAGCAGCAGAGAUGUCUCCUCCCCACCAGGACGGUCAUCAGAUGUCGGUGAGCAGAGCAGCAAAGGGACCUCAGAGGACACCACCCUGCCUGAUGAGGAUGUACUGGGGAAUCAAAUAGUGUUACUCCUUCACAUGAAGCGCUUCCACCACGACGGGGCACGGUUGAGGAAGGUGACCGAUGCUGUCAGCGUUCCUCCAUGGCUGUCUCUGGCCUCCCUCGUUGGAGAGCAGGGGGCUGCAGCUGGGAUAGACCCACUGAGAUCAAGUUAUGGAGAGGGGGACAUCGCAUCUGGAGCAAAACCAAGUGCAAACAUGGCAGCAGUGGAUCAUCUUGACAGUGCAGGAGACAGGGACAGAGGUCUUCAGGAAGUUCAUGGGGUGAGAGGGGCCAGGGAGAGAGCUGUAGUACACAGUGGGACAGAAUAUGGACAGAUUCAAGUGAUGAUGCAACAGAGAAGCUCAAAGCGUUUUUUACACUGGCAAUAUGCCCGUCUUAUUUGAAACUUUUUCCCGGCAUUGGCGUUUUUGCACUUGUAAAUAGUUAAUGGGGUUUGUAGCCUACAUUCAGACGCAGUCUACUCAUUCUUGCGUGCGAGUGGCUUGAAUAAAAUUUAAAUAUUCUGAGUAUGCAAAUUAUUCUAAAGAUGUCUACGCGCGUAGCCCCGCCUGCUCCAAUGAACAAGAAA